UUCAAUUUGAUGAACUAUAGUUUGUGUAUUAUCAACCUUGAACUGUUAUAGGAAAGACUUUGGUGUUCUGAACGAACUCCCAAGUUAAAUCACAGCUGCUAAGAAACUGCGACAUAUCAGCCAGACUAUAAAAAUAUAAAAGGGAGGACAUUAGUCACACAUCUGUUAAACUGAAUGAGAAGAACAUCGCAACCUCUUGCAUGCUAUUUUAAUAUCUCUCAUUAGACAUUCUGGUAACAUUUUACAAUAAGGUCCUAUUAGUUAACAUUAGUUAAUGCAUUAAUUAACUACCUAACAAUAAACAAUACAUUGUUGCAGUAUUUAUUCUUCUUUGUUAAUGUUAAUAAAAAUACAACUGUUCAUUUUUAGUUCAUGUUAACUAAUUUCAGUUAAGGGUUACCGAAAUUCAAAUAAUUCUUAGAGUCUAAAGAGGUAUGGCUAAAGAAGAAUAAGACAAGAAAAUGUUUUAAAUAUUAUUUAUAUUUAUUCUUUAUAAUGACUGAAACUCUUUUUGUAUGUCUUCUGAAACUAUACUUUAACUUUUACAGUUUUAAUCACCUUGCAGUUACAGACGCUGUCUGCAUCUUUCUGCCAUUUUCCUUCACAGGAGCUUUUUUUCUGUGCAUAUAUGAGUACAUCAACGAUCUAAUUGAUUUUGACUUUUUAUUUGUAUAUAGAGUAUUUUAAUGUGCUUGCAUCUGUUUGUUUAUCAGUGGACUGAAAAUGGCAAAUUACACUGUGAGCAAUGUAGACAGCUUUAUAAUCACUGGAUUUGAUCACCUGCAGAACCAAAAGCUCCUCGGAUUCCUCAUCUUAAUAACCUACAUUCUCAUAUUGCUUGGGAACGGCAUCAAUCUGUGUAUCAUCAUGACUGACAGACAUUUACACAAACCAAUGUACAUAUUAAUCUGUAAUCUAGCUGUUGUUGACAUAAUGUUUUCCUCUACCUGCAGCACAACUAUGAUCUCAGUGCUGCUGGCUGAGAUUAAAACUGUCUCAUACUACUCUUGUAUCUCAAGGAUGUUCUUCUAUCAUCUUGGCGAUUUCACAGAGUUCAUGGCCCUGACAUUAAUGGCAAUAGACCGACUUAUUGCGAUUAGGCUUCCUUUAAGGUAUCACAGCAUUGUAACAAAUUCACGAACAUUUCUGUUUAUUUUUCUGACUUUGCUCAUUACUAUUACUCUAAUGGGUGUUUUGACUUCUGUGGUAGACAGUGUCCCAUACUGUCAGCCUGUUAUCAGAUAUGUGUUCUGUGAUUAUCCUUCCAUGAUCAGAGCUGCUUGUGUCAAUCCUGAACCAUAUUUUUUCUUGCCUGCAAUGAUUAAUCUGUGGUGGUUCUGUGGACAGUUUCCUUUUAUUAUGUGCACCUAUGCUGUUCUGGCAUAUAGUGUGACUAAACUCUCUAAUAAUUCAAGCAAAAAGCAAAUGAUCAACACUUGUUUGAGUCACCUCAUUGUCUUGUUUAGCUAUUUUGCACCAAAACUGGUCUCUGCAUUAUUAACUCGAGUAGGAGUUGUGCUGAAUUUGACAGAGAGAAAUGCAUUAUUAAUAAUUUCCUCGUUAAUUCCUCCCUUAAUAAACCCCACUGUUUAUUGCACCAGGACUAAGGAGAUCAGGAAACGAUUAGCACAUGUAUUUUUGCACAAAAAAGUUGCACCAAAUCAUUUAAAUGUUUUAUCAUAAUAGAUUAUUUUGUUCAUUCUCAUGUCUGAUGGUUUUGAUGUUGCUGUUGCAUUUAAUAAUAUAUUUUGUGAUGCUUUUGUUCAUGUUAGAAGAUAAGCCAAAGCAUAGAUGUGGUAUUGGACAGUAUUUGAAGAACUUGAUGUAAUGUACAAGAAAAACUCUUUGGCAAUUUCACAUAUUUAAAUAAUGAUGAAAAUAUUUUUUUACUUUACUUUGUAACUAUACAUAUACUUUGUCAGAUUUGUUGUGUCAUGGUAUGAUUCAGUCAUAUUUAAUACACCGAUAUUCAUAAUGAUUAAAAUGCUACCAACAAGAAUGAACAACUGUAUGUACAAGAGUAUAUUUUAAUUACAAUAUUGGAAAUGCUUAUCCAAAAUGUGCAGCUUUUUUGUGGGUUUUUCCUCAUUCAAGGUUUAUUUGUAUUUUCAUGAGAACAGAUGUCUAAAGAAAUUGAAAGGGCAAACACAUAAUACAGUUACACAAAAAAAAAAAAUCUAAUAAAAUAUAAAAGAAAUUUUACAGUUUUAGUUAUAAAAGUCUAUGAUUACAUUUCACCAGUGAUCACCAUGAGAUGCAUGCUUGUUAGAAAUGUGUCCGAGUUUGGCCCGAAUUGCUAACGUGUCUAAAACAAUUUCAUAAAGAUGAGGUGGCCAUGAAAGGCUGCACAGUCAGGGAUAUUUACUCUUCCACCAACUGCACUAACUAAAGUUAGUUAGCGUAGUUACAGUAGGAUUUUCAGACCCACCAGUUAUGGUAUAAGGGGCGUUACCUUCCUGACAAUAGACCAAUCACAAUAGAGCUGACUAGCUUUUUGGAAGGCAAUUUUUAAAGAAAAACAGAGCAUUUAGACAGAGGGUGAAAGCACAGAUGCAGAUACAAUGGACAUGUAAAUGAUAAAAAAUACACCCCUAAACAAAAUUAUGAACCUGCAAAUGAGAAUAAUAGAGGCCCUUUUAUAGUUAUAGUAUCAUUAUAGUCAUUGGUAUGAAUAGUAGACAAUAAAGAAUCUGCUGUCUGAUAGCAUAAAUUAUGAACUAGCUCUCUCUAAUGAGCAAGCAUGGCUAUAUUAAUAAACAGCAGAUUAAUUGUUUUCAUUCAGUCUUUUCCCAAAAGAGACAUUACUGGCAUAAUCUAUUAUUCAAUUAUCUUAGAUCAUCAGUGUAUUAAACCCUUGGCACCAUUGUGCACUUGAGCAAGCAAUGUCACUCAAACCAAGCGCAGCGUUAGUUCAGUCAGACCACGUAGGCAUAGUGCUGUGACCAGCUGAUGCGGUCGGCUGUCAAAUCGCUCCAAUCACUACCAUUCUCCUAUUAGACCGGGGACAUAUAUACGUGGCAUUACUGCUUGGUAAGUGCUCAAACUGCUCGCAACCCUCCCUCCCUCCCCAUUAUAAGCAUGAGCAUAUUACUGUGCACUUUCUGUCUGGUUGUCGUCUUCUUUUGUUUCAGAACACUAAGGCUUUCAAGUCCUAGCUGGCAUGGAUCUCACUGCUGAGAGACACUCAUCCUCAUAACCAAGCUACAGUAUAGACGUCCCACUGCCACAUCUACAUGAUUACCACUGUUCGCUUUUAAAGACAUUACUAAAGUGUCUUAAUUGUCUAUGUAUUUCCAAGCUGAUGGUUCCAUUGGGGGUUUAAUGUUAAAGCUCUUGUAUGUUCAAUUAAUUUCAGAGCAAGAACCCCCAUAAGGAACCAUGCCGCCAAAGAUAACUUGUGUUUCAAUAAACUCAAAGUAACUUGCCAAAGUGGUCCUGUAUGAAAUUGGAUUUAAAUGCUUCUAAUAUUGAUAAUUGAUUAGAUUCAUUUCAAGGAUGCUAAAGGUCGCAGCUUCUAGCGUCAAUCGCUAGUGAGGUCAGGGGAGUGAGAUUUACUCACUACGUUACACUUACUAAUGUCUCUUAUUUCCCUAUGGAACAUAAGACGUUGACAAUCUGCUUCCGUCUUGUUCUAUCAUUGGCAGCAUGUUGUCCGUCGCCCCAUGAGAAGUGUGGUUCUUUCAGUUGAGCUUCUACAUUCCUCUUCCAGGUUGUUUUCGGUCUUCCUUGCUUACUUUUCCCAGGUGGUCUCCAACUCAUAGCUACUUUUGAGAUGCGGUUCUGGUCCAUCUGAAGGACAUGCCCAAGCCAUUUAAUUCUCUGGCGCUUGAUCUCCAUCGCCACGCUAUGAGCUGGUCUUCUUAUAUAACUCAGCAUUUGAGAUCCUCUCUGGCCAAUUGGCAAUUGUUGUGGAAUACCUCAAUCUUCUUCAUGUCACACUCAAUGACAUGAUAGCAUUCUGACCCAUGCAGCAGAACAGAUUUGACAUUGCUGUUGUAUAGUCUCAUCUUUGUUCUGAUGCUGUAUUGUGCAGAUUUCCAGAUGUGCUGGAGUCUAGUGAAUGCACAGCGGACUUUACUUAGUUUUGCUUUAAUGUCCUUAGCUGCAGUAUUGUCCUUGCUCAACAAACUCCUCAACAUCUUCAAAUUGACUUCCAUUCAGAAUAAUGGGUUCAUCAUCUUGCGUUGAUGAGCAUCAAUUAGGUUUUGGUUGUGUUUAUGUCGAGGCCUAUUUUUUUGGCAAAGUUGUCCAGUCUAUUGGUCUUUUCUUGUAAGUGGACAUGCGCAUACCUGUCAACACUCCCGUUUUUCCCGGGAAUCUCCCGUAUUUUACACCCAUCUCCC